AUGCGGAAUAAUGUGCCAUAUUGCAUGGCCACUUCGUCUGAUGAGAAGGCUCUGGUUGAAGGAGCCGCGAAGUUGGGACUUGUACUGAUUUCCACCGACCCAGAUCCGGAAAAAGCCGGUGCACGCCGUUUGGUAAUAAAAAGGCAACCAAGGCAGAUCGCGGAAGAUAAUGACGGCGACUGCAUAACUUCGGCACCCACCGAGGAAUAUGUUAUCGAUGCCACCCUGGAAUUUGACCCUCAACGCAAGCAGAUGACUGUUAUGGUCCGUUACCCAGAUGGGACAUUUCAUAUCCACAGCAAAGGUGCGGAGACGCGGCUGCUGGAACCAAAAAUAUGCAGCCAAUCUUCCAGCGAAUUACGCACUCUAGCUCUGGAAAGAGCCAAUGAAUUCGGCCGCAGUGGUCUACGAACUCUAAUGUAUGCAACAAGGCAAGUCGAUUCUGCUGAGUAUCACGAACUCCUAGGGGAACGUGAGCGGGCAAUGCGGCAGUUUGGAGAAGCCAGACGACAAGCGUUGAAAACAAGCACCGAGAGGAUUGAAUCUGGCCUGAGUGUUUUGGCUGUAACCGGAGUGGAAGACAAAUUACAGCCUGGAGUGCAAGAAUGUCUGAUUAAUCUGAGGGAGGCUGGAAUAAAGGUGUGGGUUUUAACCGGGGACAAGGAAGAGACAGCGGUUACAGUAAGCCAGUCAUCUGGACACUUCUCGGAGUCAAUGAAGCUGCUUCGCAUCACCGGCUUCAGAGAAUUCGACGAAGUUGCUGAGUGUAUUUGCAAUCAUUUACGCGGUAUUGAUGCCGGAUAUGAACAGCACUCUUCAAUCAGGGACGAAACUCUCCCUCGCAGGACUGUCAACGAUUUUGACGUUGAGGUGGGCGAAGAGAUAAGGGAAGACGGUUUAAAGAGUACGACAAGAUUUAUGCAAAAAUUUAGAGUGGCGUCACACGGGAUUUUAUCGUGUUUAUCCAGCAUAAAGAAGAAAUGCCGAGGCCAACCCAAAACUAAUCCUCUGACUGAAGCCAUCGGAUUGGUAAUCGAUGGAGUGAGUCUGCAGCACGCGUUGCACCCUUCACUGAGAAUGGCUUUUCUGGAUUUGUGCAUGAAGGUCACUACCGUUUUGUGUUGUCGCAUGACGCCGUUACAAAAAGCAUCCGUUGUGAAGCUGGUGCAAGUUGGUCUGACCGAACUGAACCGCGGAUCUAAGCCAGUCACUGCAGCUGUGGGAGACGGAGGCAAUGAUGUAUCGAUGAUAUUGCAAGCCAACGUUGGCAUUGGGAUCGCUGGAGAGGAAGGUAAAGAGGCCAUUCGCGCCGCAGACUUUGUUCUACCGCAAUUUAGAUAUCUUCAACGUCUCCUUCUUGUCCAUGGUCAUUGGUGCUGUCAUCGGAUCAGUUACACCAUCCUCUUGUUCUACCACAAAUGCGUCACAUGGGUGAUGAUCAAUUUGCUGGUUGUUUUCUAUUCCGGAUUUUCUGCAACCACCUGGUGCUCGAGCAUCGUAUACGGGCUUUACAAUGCACCCGUGACAGCCUUGUCCAUAUUCUUUUUCGGAAUCUUUGAAAGGCCCCUGACAGAUGACCAGUUGUUGGAGAACCCAACACUUUAUCGAUUGCUUUUGUUUGUUUGUUUUUCCCUUACUGUCAUCAAUCCGCACCCCCAGAUGAGUAAGAAUAAAACCUAUGCGUAUGUUGAAAUUUAUUUCUUGGUUCAGAUUUCCCGAAACGCAAAUCUUCGUCUGUGGCGUUUCCUGCUCUUUGUGCUUGACGGCAUAUGGCACGGAACGGUGAUAUUCUACAGUGUCUACUGGUUUCUGGCCGGCGGAGGAAUGUUCUCCGAAGCCACGUUCAUCGAUCCCGAUUCACAUGGGUCCUAUUUCGACGUCAGUCUUUGUGGAGGGUCUGCACUCGUCUACGCCGUGAUCAGCGUCAACCUUCGAGUGGUUCUCACAUCGCGAGAUCUAAAUUGGCCACUAUUUGGUUCCAUUCUCUUCACACUGCUGUCCUACUUGCUGUUUCUCAUGUUUUACCAGUUGCUCGACGGUAUUCUGUACAACGGGCGCUCUUUCAUCACACAGAAACUUCCGCCCUUUGCCAGGAAAAUCCAUUACAGAUCCAGUGGACUUGAAUGUCGCAAUCAAGCGUGUAAUGGUCGACACGGUGAAAGGAUCUUUUUAAUGAGACCAUGUUUGAUUUUCCUAUGUGGGUUUCUCAGUCCAAAAGUCAAUCCCCGUAUUUUCUUCUCUUUUCAUCCCAUUCGAAUCAAGUUUUCUGUGGCUCCGUCGGACCUGGACUUUCAGACCUAUUUCAAAAUAGUUCACUCGCCGGCGUUUUGGUUCUCCCUUCCAAUCUCCGUGUUUGUGGCCAAUCUCCCAGCCUUACUGUGGCGAGUGUAUUCAGACACUUGGUGGCAGAUGCGCGCCCAGACUGAAAAGCAGCGCAUCAAAAAACAACGAAAGAUGCAAGCAAGAUGCUCAAGCUUUUCGUCAGAGGAGGAUCGUCGAAUCGACGUCCGCCUAACGCGCCACCAAACUGAACGUGAAAGUGAAGAUACAUCUCGUGAUCUUUUCGAAACCGAUGAAGCGGGGACCGACACAAACAGCUCAACGUGUGCGAGCGGAAGGAACGAUAGAUGUGCACCCUUCUACACACUGAAUUGCAUUAUUCGUCGGUGAUUGAAGACCGCCCAUAAAUAACUGUUAUUUUAACUUAAUAUUUCAAACUUUACUUUACUAUUCCCAGCUAAUUGAGGUUCGG